GGAAAUAGAGUGUGUGAAAUUAUCCUCCUGGGAGUACGGCAAGCCGGAGGGGCCGUGCCUGUAGUGGAUGAGUGGGCGGUGUGUAGAGUGUUUCUCCCUCAGGGAGAGGAUGUGGGAUGGUGAAUAUAGGAGAGAGAUGGCAGAUCAGGGCUUUCUUAUGGAAGUUUGUGUGGAUUCUGUAGAGUCUGCAGUGAAUGCCGAAAGAGGAGGAGCGGGGCGAAUUGAGCUUUGCGGCAGUCUCCUGGAAGGAGGGAUUACUCCUAGCAUGGGUCUCCUCCAGGUAGUGAAGCAGUAUGUCCAGAUUCCAGUGUUUGUGAUGAUACGCCCACGAGGUGGGGACUUCCUUUACUCAGACAGGGAGGCCGAAGUGAUGAAAGCGGACAUUCGCCUGGCUAAAAUGCAUAAUGCAGAUGGGUUGGUGUUUGGGGCGUUGACAGAAGAUGGUCGAAUUGAUGCAGAAUUGUGCAUGGAUUUACUUGCUCUAUCUCGACCACUUCCUGUCACUUUCCAUCGAGCAUUUGACAUGGUUUAUGAUCCUAUGCUUGCCAUGGAAACGCUCAUAUCCCUGGGGUUUGAAAGGGUACUAACCAGUGGAUGUGACAGCUCAGCCCUGGAAGGUCUCCCUCUCAUUAAAAGGCUUGUGGAACAGGCAAAAGGAAGAAUCAUAGUAAUGCCAGGCGGUGGUAUCACAGAAAGGAAUCUGCAGAGGAUACUUGAGGGUGCGGGUGUUCAGGAGUUCCAUUGCUCUGCGCGAUCUACUAAAGACUCCAUAAUGAAGUACAGGAAUAACUCUGUCUCCAUGGGAGCUACUCUUUCUACCUCUGAGUAUGCCAUCAAGGUUACAGAUGUGGCAAAAGUCAGGACAUUGAAUGCUAUGGCAAAAAAUCUCCUAUGAAAGGACAACACCAUUUUACCAUUUGAGCAGGGCUGGUGGCAAUGCUUGCAUCAACACAAUAAAAGCUCCUGACAUCAGCAAUUCUCCUCCUUUUUGGAUGAGGUCGUUGUAUGGGAAUUACCGCAUGGCUGGAUUUGUUUUUUUUAGUUUUUUUCGUGUACAUGUUUUGAAGAAGGAAAAAAUAAAAACACCUGAGGAUACUGCAAAUACACAGUAAAACGGAUCACGGUUGAAGACCUGAGUGCUGCCCACAUUCACUAUUGUGCACAAUCCUUUGUGUUGCAAAGCUACCCAUAAAGACCUCCUAGUUUUGUUUUUUUCCUGAUUCUUGCAGAUAAUGUAUGAAGAGCACUACUCUGGCAUUUACCUGUGGAAGCCACCUACCUAUAGCUGGUUGCUGCCCUUCAGCAUUACACCACAACUGCUCUUCAUGGAUAACCACUAUAAAUUGCAAAUGAGCUAUUUUAAAAUUGAUUCCCUUUAGUUUAGUAAUGUUUAAUCACCAAUCCUCUGUGACUUGCAGAAGUUCAGUUGAAUUUCUGUUUCCAAAUUACCUAUUCCCACUACUUGCCUUUUAAUCAUGAUAAAAUGGAAAUCUUAAAAUCAUCAGUCAAGUUAAAGAUUUGCAUGAAGGUCCCUUUUUAUUUUUGUGUACGUUUAAGUUAUGCUCUGUUUGCAGACUCAAAAUUCCCUUUUCCCCCUUUUCAAUAAAAUUGCUAAGAUCAUGUUA